AUGGGAGAAAAAAAGAAAAAGAAACCAGACGAAGUUGUGGAAGCAGAAUUUAAAAUUUCAAUGUAUUGCCAAGGAUGCGAAAAACAAAUUGCCAAAAUCAUAUCCAAAAUCAAAGGGGUUGAAGAAUUCAUGACGGAUAUGAAUAAUCAUAAAGUGAUAGUAAAGGGUCGAAUGAAUGCAAAUAAAGUGUUGAAGAAACUUAAGAAGAAAACAGGGAAGAAAGUGGAAAUGGUGAUUAAAGAAGAAGAGAGUAAGAAAAAAAGUGAAGAAAAAGAAGGGGCUUUACAAUUGAUGAAACAAAAUCCAAGAGAAAUUACAGAUGCUUUGAUUAUUGGAUAUUGUGGAGAUAGCAUGUUAUAUACUAUGUUCAGUGAUGAAAAUGCAAAUGCUUGUUCAAUUAUGUAA